UCCAAAACCUGUGACCCAUGUCUCUUGUCGCGAUGCAGGAUGCCAUUAAAAGCAGAGAAGUUGACAAGCUCUUCUACAUCCACAGGGUGACUGCGACAGCGGGACCUGUGGUGUACGGAGCAGCAAAGACCUCAGCAAAGAAACGAAACGUGGUAUAUAGUACUCAAUGCAUCCACAAUGGGCAGGCAUCUUCGACCCAGAUCACCGUUGAAGGGAAGAUCAAGCACAUGACGACAGCCACCUGGCACGUUGAAAGGGGUUUCAGUUAUUCCGGCUCCGUGAAAGCCAAUGCCAGGAUUUUGAUUGUGUACGUUAACCACAAGCAAAAAAUAAGCUUAGACUUGGAAGGGGGAUACCGUGAACAAGUCUCCGACACGGAUACAUUCUCGCUACAUGAGGUCGUUACCGUGCCUCCCAUGAAGUCCGUCAAGAUUGACUGGGUCAUCACAGAAACCGUGACGAAGAUUCCUUGGACGUCCACCGUGACCGCAACCGGAGAAAUUGCUAUCAAGUACAAGGAAAAGCUCGAAGGUGGCUUCUUGUGGUAUUACAACCUUUUCAAUCUCCAAGAUUCCCGUCUUACGGACGCAGGAAACAAUAUGUUCCUAUACACUGCUAAAGGAACGUUUACGGGAGUCAGGUCAAGCGAGUCGCUUGAAACUGUCAUCACGGAGUACAAUAAUCAGACGUGCCGUGGAAGGUCUUCGGCACUCAAGACAUACACCAUUCCUUCAAACCCGAUACCACAUACGCCUGCGACGAAGACUUAGUGAUACUUUAACUCUUCUACAUCGGAG